ACAGGCGGCUCACUUGCGCCAACAUGGCUGAUGAAAUGGCUAAAGCUCAGGCUGCCAAGCCAGGCGGAGACACAAUAUUUGGGAAGAUUAUACGCAAAGAGAUCCCUGUAGAACUGCUCUAUGAAGAUGACAAGUGUGUGGCCUUCCCUGAUAUUACUCCUCAAGCUCCCACUCACAUCCUCGUCGUCCCAAAAAAGCCAAUUGUUCAACUGUCAAAAGCGGAGGAGAGUGAUGCUGAGCUUUUGGGCCACAUGAUGUUAGUUGCAAAGAAGUGUGCUCAAGAUGCGGGACUGUCCAACGGCUACAGGAUUGUCGUCAACGAUGGGCCGGACGGAGGCCAGUCCGUCUACCACAUCCACAUCCACAUCCUGGGUGGACGCGUGAUGAAGUGGCCCCCCGGUUAACCGCCGUCUCCCGGCUCAGACCCUCCUGCCGUCAGUGUUCACGUCUGUUGUCUGUUUAACUUCCACUCAACCGGUUUGUCGUCAAACAAAACUUGAAAAUUCAACAAUUAUAAUAAAAUGUACCUCAAAACAACA